CCUCCUGUGUUUUAUUAUAAGGGGAGUCAGGUGAAUCACUCACACUUCUUCAGAUCCCUCCUGCGAAGAGGACAAGAUGGUGUUCACUAUUAAGGACAUGAGCUUUAAGGCCGGAAUGGAGAUGAAGAUCUCUGGAAAGGUUAAAGCUGACUGUGAUGGGUUCUCCAUCAAUGUCGGUCAUGACACAGAUGUAAUCGCUCUUCACUUUAACCCUCGAUUUAACCAGCGAGGAGACAACAACAUCAUUGUGUGCAACUCGAAACAAGGUGGCUGGGGCGAUGAACAUCGUGAGAAAUGUUUCCCUUUUCAACAAGGCGAAGAGUUUAAGUUGAGCAUCACCUUCAACAAUGGCACCUUCUUUAUCAAACUCCCUGAAGGCACCAUGAUGAGCUUCCCCAACCGCUUUGGAGAUGACGCAUUCAAACACAUCCAUGUGGCCGGAGACGUGAAGAUCCUGAGCAUUAAGGUCAAAUGAGCAGUGAGUUCUGAUGAUGGACGGUUACGCUCACCUCAACACCUUCAAUUUCUGCACUCCUUUCAUCAUCAGAGCUCCUGUCUUGUGUUCUACAGCAAGCAGUGGCUUUGAGUUCUGAGUGCACUGAAUCAGAAAACCACACCACACUGACAAAUAAAACCACUGAAUCCACAAAA